CCCUCUUGCUAGUGGGACAGCCUUUAAAGGUCAAAUCAAAAUGGCGUCGAGUGGUUCUCAUUCUCACGUGUUGACAUACGAAGGAUGCAAUUUUCUACGACAGAGACUUGUCCUAGCAACACUUUCCAACCGGCCAGUGAAGAUCAAGAAGAUAAGACACAAGGAUACCAAUCCUGGGGUACAAGAUUUUGAGGCAAGCUUCAUACGUCUUCUUGAUAGAGUCACAAAUGGAUCCAGGAUAGAGGUCAAUGAAACAGGUACAACUGUUUACUAUCAGCCUGGUCUACUACAUGGGGGAAAGAUAGAACAUGACUGUAAUGAACAGAGAGCCAUCGGUUACUAUCUGGAGGCCCUGAUCUGUUUGGCUCCCUUUACCAAGGAACCACUGCAUGCCACACUGCGGGGAGUCACCAACAACCAAGUGGACGCCUCAGUGGACUACCUGAAAGCUACCUGCCUCCCCCUGCUGCAACAGUUCGGACUCAUUGCUAACCUGGACCUAAAGAUCACCAAGAGGGGUGCGGCCCCCGGGGGUGGGGGAGAGGUCAUCUUCACCUGCCCCAACCCACGCAAGCUCAAGCCUGUCAAGAUUACUGACUUUGGCAAGAUCAAACGAAUACGAGGAUGGGCAUUUGCCACAAGAGUGUCACCACAGACAGCCAAUAGGAUAGUUGAGUCUGCUAGAGGGGUGUUGAACCGUUGUCUGACAGACAUCUACAUCUAUACAGACCAUCGCAAGGGACCACUGGGAGGCAAAUCUCCAGGUUUUGGUCUUACACUUGUGGCAGAAACCACCACUGGGGUCAUGUUGGGGUCAGAGGCCAUGUCACGACCCCAGGGUGCAGAUGGUGAGCCAACAGUACCAGAGGACCUGGGCAAGGGGGCGUCCAAACUUCUUUUUGAGGAAAUAUAUCGGGGUGGCUGUGUGGACUCUGUGAAUCAGUCUCUCGCACUUCUCUUCAUGGCUCUUGGGGACCAGGAUGUGUCCAAGGCUGUUCUGGGACCACUUUCUCCUUACACGAUUCAGUUUCUCCGGCAUCUCCAAGAUUUCUUCAAAGUGAUGUUUAAAAUCGAAACUCUUAAAGCAGAGGAAGAUACAGAACUGUGUACUGGGGCUGACAAAAUCCAGCUGACAUGUAUUGGUGUCGGCUACACAAAUCUGAGCAAGAAAACAUCAUAGUGAUCACCUACAUGUACCAGGGCCAUAUCUUGUGUUACCCAAGCAGUGAUCCCGAUAAACUGAUGUGCAAUUUGUCUUUCUGGAGGCUGGACAGCUGUCAGCCAAUCACAUACUGGUGCCCCUGGGUAGAGGGAAUAUGUGAUUUGCUGACAACUGUGGCCAGUGCUAAUGCCCCCAGAAGGACAGAUUGCACACUUGUACACCAGGGUCGCUGCUUGGGUAAUACAAGCUGAGGGUCUGGUGAGGCAAGUAGAAUACUGGUUGCAAGAAUUCAAAUCAUGAUAUCCUCUCAUGAUCACACUGAAUACAUGUAACUGUUCUGAUAUAUCAAAUAAAGAAUGCAUCUAUAUUGCUACAACACAGUACUUUUGUUUCCUGUGCACUAUAUUACUGAAAAGAUUAGCUGUACAAUAUACAUGUAGUAUGCAGUACUGUCUACUGAUGUGGGUAAAGUACUUAUUUUAAGUUUCAAGAAAGAUGAAAACACGCACAGUCAGAUAACUUCUAGUUACAUUAUCUGUGACAUUUAUUUGACAUUGUGACUUGGUGCCUCACAUCUUGGUGCCUUACAACUUACCUACCUACCUGUUAAACAUGUAGAACAGCAUAAAUGGCUAUUUGCACAUUGGUGAGCCACACUGUGUUUGUCUUAGCAUUAAAAUUCAUACCUUAUUCAA